AAUUAUCAGUUAAGCGCGAAGCACGGCCUCGAGUGCAAAACUUGUUCUCGGUCAGGCAGUUCGCGAAAAGUAGUCGCAGCGUUCCAUGGCGAUAUGAUACUGACAAGCACCUGAUAGAUUAUGGACAGCGAUGGCAGGCCCGGGCGGCGCGGGCGGAGGUGCUCCCUCCAUGGCCGCUGCUGCUGCCAUGUACUCGUUCCAGACCGCGCCCCACUCCGAAGUGGUGGCUGGACUGCCAAAGCCCGGCCGCCCCGCUGUGAGCCGCCCCGUCACCGUGCCCGACCUGUCCGUGGGCGGCAUUGGCGCGGGGGCAGCAGCAGCGGGGGGAGGAGGCGGAGGAGGAGCAGCGGGAGGAGGAGGCGGAGGAGGAGCGGGAGGAGGAGCGGGAGGAGGUGGAGCGGGAGGAGGUGGAGCAGGUGGAGCGGGAGGAGGUGGCGUGGCGGCUGCGUUGUUUGGAGGCGGGCAGCUGCCUGCGGCAGCGGGGCCGGGGCCGACAGUGCACGGCAGCUACACCUCUGGUAACGGUAACGGUUCCUACGCCAACGGCCCCCACGGCGGCUACUCCCACGGCGGUUACCCCCACGGCAGUUACCCACACGGCAGUUACGCCAACGGCGGCGGCGACCUGACCAGCCGCUCCGUGGACAGCGAGCUGGCGGAGGCGUCGGAGCUGCACUUCUACCGCAACACGCGCAUCCUGCACCCCUGGGAGAUCGCGGGCAUGGGGGGAGGUGGAGGGGGAGGAGGAGGAGGAGGAGGGGCAGGACUGGGGGUGGUGGGAAGCAGUGCCGGAGGAGGAGGAGGAGGCGUGACCGCGUCCGCGGACUUCGCACGAGGCGGCGGUGGAGCCGGCGGGGCUGCCGGCGGCGGCGGCGGCGGCGGCGGCUGGGUGGUCACGGGCGCACACCGGCGUGCCAACUAUAUGGCGGGCGCCAGCGGGCCCGGCGGCAGUAGCAGCGCCGUGGCCGCGGCUGCUACAGCCGCCUGGGCGCGGCCCGCCACGGAGGAGGGGUUCUACGUGUCGGCGGCGCGCGGCAGUCUCAGCGGCAUGGGCGCCAGCGGCAGUAGCGGCACGGGGCUGGGGCUGGGGCUGGGCGGCGUGCAGGGCGUGUCGUACGGCGGCGGCGGCGGCAGCCGGCCGCCCACCGUGCCCCGCCUGCAGCUGGGCGGCCUGACCAGCGGCACCUCGUCACCCGCGCCGCCGCCACCGCCGCCGCCGCAGCAGCAGCAGUACGGCACUCAGCAGUACGGACAGCAGCCGCCGCCGCAGCAGCAGCAUGGCUCCGCCUCCGGUGAGGACGGCCCGCACGCGCACCCCGCGCCGGCGGCGGCCCCCAAGCGCCACUCCAUCGAGCUCGACCCGCUCCCCGGCGGCCCCGCCGCCGCCGCCGCCGCCGCCGCCGCCGCCGCACACCUGGCGGGCGGCCAGGCGGGACCGGGGGGCGCCAACGGCGGGCCGCACAUGGGCGACCCAGUGUCAGCGGCGGCGGCCGCCAACAGCGCCAACGGCGCCAAUGGUGCGAACGGCCCGCCGGCGGCGGCGACGGCGGCAUGGCUUACUCGCGGCGGCCUGGUGUCUGGUGGCUCGGUGGUGGUGGCGAACCUGUCAGGCGGCGGCGAGCUGCUGCUACAGCCGGCGGCGGAGCCGGCGCCUGGUUCUGGCAGCGGCGGGCCGGCGUCGGCGGCGGCGGCGUCGCCGUCGGCCCUGGCGGCGGCGUCGGCGGCGGCGUUCAGCCGGCCCGGCAGUGUGCAGUCGCGCACUGGCGGCCUCAUCCCCUACCCUUCCGCGCUGUACGGCCCAGCCACCGCAUACCUCGCCAAACUGCCGCCGCGCGCCUCGCCCCGCCGCUCCCCCCGCAACUCCCCCCGCGUCAUGAGCGCGACCACCAACCCCAACCCGUCGUCGGCGGCGGCAGGCGCCGCCGCCGCCGCCGCCGCCGCCAGCGGCAGUAUGUCGUACAGCGGCGUUGCCGGCGGCGCCGGAGCGCUGACGGCGCCGCCGCCGCUGGCGCCGCAUUCGUCCGCCAGCGCCGGCGCCGGCGGCCCGGCCGGCAAGCAGUACUUCCGAACCGCGUCUGACGGCGCCGUGAUGGCUGGCGGCGGCGGUAGCGGCGGCGGCGGCGGCGGCGGCGGCGGUAGCGGCGGCGGCAGUGGGCCGCCGUCCGCCGCCACGCCCUACGCCGCCAGCCGCUUUAGCGACGCUGACAGCGGCAGCCCGGCCGCUGCCGUAUCCGCCUGGGUGGCAAGCGCCCUCGAGGCGGGCCCUCCGCCGCAGCCGGCGGCAGCGGCGGCGGCGGCGGCGCCGCCGCCGUGUGCCAUGACGCCCACCAGCGCACUGCUGGAGCAGGCUCGUGCGGGGCAGGUGGUGACCAUUGAGCACAUCCUGGCUGGCACCGCCGCCGCGCCGCCGCGCGGCUUUUCGCCGCCGCGCGCCGCCAAGCCCGACUCCUCCAGUCUGGCGGCGCUGCAGCAGGCCUUUCGAGGGCUGCAGCAGCAGGCGGCGGCGGCGGCGCGAGCCGGCGGCGGAGGCGGCGGCGGCGGCGGAGGGGGAGGAGGUGGAGCGGGUGGCGGUGGCGGCGGUGCCGCUGCCCGCGGCACGCCGUCGCGGGAGGACGUUUGGGAGGUGGCGGCUGCGAUGCUGCGGCAGGUGGCGGCGGUGGCGGCGGCGGCGGGUGGGGCGCCCGGGGCGGCUGCGGCUGGGGAGGCGUCCGGCGGGGUGCGCAGCACGAGCCCCGGCGCGGCGCGGCCUGGCACCACCACCGGCCUGGCCGCGGGCAACUCACACACCACCUUCACCACCUUCACCACCACCAGCAACAGCAACAGCACUAUGAGCCUGGGCCCGCUGUACGGCGGCGCGUCGGCCGCUGCUACAGCCGGUGCCGGUGGUGCUGGUGCUAAUGGUGCUGGCGCUAAUGGUGCUGGUGCUACAGCCGGCGGCGGUGGCUGGGUGGUUGGACCUCGCCCGGGCGUGGCGCCGUUCAGCGAGGAUGACGUGGCGUUCCAGCCGCUGCUGCCGCGUGACGAGGACGGAUACGUGGCGGAGGCCGCCAUCACCGGCCAGCAGGCGGCCCUGGGCACCGCCGUACAAGGCCUGGUGCUGCAGAAUGAAAACGCGCUAUACCACUGUCCCUGGCUACGCCUUCACUUAUUGAUUCAUCACGAACACAUCACCACCACCACCACCACCACCACCACCACCACCACCACCACCACCACCACCACCACCACCACCACCACCACCACCACCACCACCACCACCACCACCACCACCACCACCACCACCACCACCACCACCACCACCACCACCACCACCACCACCGCCACCACCACCACCACCACCACCACCACCACCACCACCACUGGCCUGCAGGUGGGUGUGUCCAGUGUGGAGCGCGCGCACCUGCUCCACGGCGUGUGGGCCACUGCGCGGCAGCUGAUGGCGGCGGCGCUGGCGGACAGGCAGGCGGCACGGGCCAAGCUGGCCGCGGUGCGGCGCGAGGCCGCCGCCGCCGCCGCCCGCGCCUCGCUGGAGGCGGACGCGCUGCGCCAGAACCUGUCCUCCGCCUUCCACCAGAACCAGCACCUGCUGGUGAAGGAGCGGGAGGCGGCGGAGGCGGCGGCGGCGGCCAAGGCCGAGCUCAGCAGGCUUCGCAAGGUGGUUGCUGAGGGCGAGGUGGAGUCGUUGGGGUCGGCACUGGGGGCGCUGAGGGACGCGCACGAGGCGGCACGGGAGGAGCUGGAGGCGGCGCGGCAGCAGCUGGCGGAGCUAGAGGCGGACCUGGCGGACGCGCGCACCGACGCCGCGCUGGCCGCCGCCCGCGCCGCCGCCGCCGAGGGGCAGGCGGCGGCGCUGGCGGGUGAGGUGCGGGCGCGCACGCCGCGGCCGCGCCGCGGGCUGGGCGCACUGGGGGAGCUGCUCACGGAGCCCAGCCAGCAGGCCGCGGUCAUGUCGGCCCUGGCCGCCGGUGUGGCCCCCCUGGAGCUGCACCGCCUGCUACUGGGCCUCACAGCGCCGCUGGAGGGCGCACCCGGCGGCGAGGACAUACGGCCCUGGGCCGCCGCCUGCGGCUGCUGCCGAGCCGUGGUGCCGCCCUGGGCCGACCCCGCGCAGCACGCCGCCGCCACCGCGCCGCCGGCGGACGUGGCGGGCGGGCCGCUGGCGGCGCUGCUGGCGGCGGUGGCGGCGGGCGGCGGCGGCGGCGGCGGCGGCCGCGGGCCGAGGAGCAAGAGCCGGCCGGCUAGCCCCACUGGCGGCGGCGGCGGCGGCGGUGGUGUGGAUGCGAAGAGUCGGCCUGCGAGCCCCGGUGGUGGUGGUGGUGCU